UUUGUUUCUGUUUUCUUUUGUUUUGGACUCCAUUUUUUAGUAUUUCCUCUGUUUUAUACGUAAAAUAAUGUUUCAGUGACCGCUGAAAAGCUCUAGAUCAUAAGUAUUCAUAUUUACAUUGGACACGAUUUAAAAACGGAGGCCUGGAUUUUAAAACGCCAUCGCAUAUUAAAGUUCGUAAACUAAAAUUGGAUGGCAGUGAUUAUCAUCUCGGAUAAGAAAAAUGAAUUCGAAGCAUAUUGAACGACUUCAUGAAAAAAUGAUGGAGCAUCCUAAUAUUUCUGAUUUUGGAACAUCUCAUUAGCUUGUUAAAUAGGAGAUACGUAACAGGUUUUGUAUUAUACAGUUGAAAUCUAUAACAUAAGCUCUUCUUCUCUGUAUAAAAUUGCACGUUGGAAUGAAUUGUCUGCGAAGUCUCGAUGUAAUAUGGGCGAUUCUCUUCUUUUUUGCUUUUGUACAAACUUCGAGAUCUUGCUGGGGUCCUGGAUCUUUGCAGUAUGGAUACACAACUUCAGAUUAUGAUCUCAAUGUUGGCUCUGAUUUGAUUGUUGACUGCAUUCUCGAAUCUGGAAUUCUUCCAAACAUCAAUGUUUCUGUAAAUUCAUCAUACUUGAUAUUCCAAAGAGAUAGUAAUCACCAGAUAUUUUCCAGUUAUACUCAUCAAAUAGAUAAGCUUACAUCACAGUUGAGAAUACCCAAUGCUAAUGUGAGUGAUUCUGGAUUGUAUCAUUGUCAAAUUGUUUUUCCUGACAACAGCAAACAUCUUGUAUGCAGCACAAAGGUUUUUGUUGGAUAUCCCCCCAAAAACGUGAGUAACUUCAAGUGCAUCAGCAGAAAUUUUGACAAUUUGACUUGUACAUGGGAGAUUGAAUCGAGCUAUAUAAAAACUACUUAUACAUUGACAGUUAAUCUACUUUCUGAUGAUAUUAGUAUGCACUGUCCUGAACCCAACAAUGAUACAUUCUGUCAGUGGACAGAGGAUACGAAUCCACCUUAUUUUACUAUGAUAAGAAAUCUUACAUUUGUUAUUAAUGGGAAUAACAGUUUGGGUACUAUAGAGAAUAUAUUCAAAUUUGACCAUUUUGCAAUAGUGAUUCCUAAUAGUCCUGAAAAAUUAACUGCAAUAGAUGUUGGACAGAAAUCGUUUACUGUUGAAUGGUCACCACCCAAUAUUCCUCGUAGUUUUGAAAAGCCUGCUUUAUUUUAUCAAGUGUGGCUUGAAGAACUUGAACCCAAUCCUGGAAAUAAAACUGUUAUUGACGUAGGAGCAGAAAAAUUAAAUUUCACAUUUGAGAAUUUGCUUCCUGUCUCUAAAUACAAUGUGUCUGUGCGAUGCAGAUCAAAUUAUACUUUUGAUGAAGAUAUGUGGAGUCCAUUUAUAUCAACUGUAAUAAAAACUUAUCCAUAUGUGUCUCAUUUAUUCAUGAAAUGAACCAUGAAGCAUUCCAUAUUCAUAUUCAGUGACACUUUAUUAGAAUUCCCACAUACUUCCAGAGAUAUUAAGUCUUAUUUCUUUUGAAUUUGGAUUUUAUAACCUGACUUGGUCAAAGACUGAUUCAAGGAUGGCAAUUAUACUUUAUUUUGGUGUGCUGAUAGAAAACUGUGUUAUUAUGAUUGACCAAUUCAGUGAUCUAAAUCAGUUUUAAUGGAACCAAUCUUUGCCUUUGAAGUAGCAGAUGCAAUGCCAUAUUUUCAGUUUGCUGUAACAACUUUAAAGCUCAUGCUGUAGCAGAACCUAAUGUUCAGGGUUACAUUCUGAAAAAUUUACAUCCAUCUUCCAACUACAGUGUCAAACUACGAGCUUUUAACAAAAAGAACAAACCCAGUGAAGAUAUGAUGGAAUGUUUCAAACUACUCUAUCUAGAGGUUCAUCUGAUCCACUUCAAAAUGUAUCUAUUCUCUCGAAAACAAAUUCAACAUUGCUUGUUAAAUGGAUGCCUGCACUUAAAACUAAUAUCAUAAUGAAUUCAAACAAAUCAUGAGAAUAAUGUGAAUUUCUUUACUAAUGUUCAAACAAGUCUGAAUCAAUAAUUGCUUUAUUGGUAUCGAUGGUAAAAGUGGAUUAAGAAUAUUCCUCUUUAUUUCAAUUAAAGAUCAAGAUUUUUAUUUUGCCUAAUAUUAAGUAAAAGCAAUUUUUUGAUAAUUUAGCCAUAUAAAGAAAGCAAACUUUAAUUUUUUUAGAAAAAAAUAUAAGUUGAACCAUAGAAAAAAAAUCAUAUUAAAGAUUUUAGUAUCUGCUGCUUCAAUCUGUUAAAGGUGGGUCAUAUCAAAUAGAUAUAGAAAAGUUUUUAAAAACAAUAUUUUCUUGCUUUUAUAUAAAAUAAUUGUUAUCUUUUAAGCCUAAAGUUGGUAGUUACUUAAUUUCUUUAGUUGCAUUUUUUUAAAUGCUGAUUCCUCAAAAGAACCUGUUAUUAAAAAUGCUAAAAAAAAGGUAUAAUGCAAAUAAUCUUCAAUUAUUUUUUUCUUUUAUAUAACAUUUAUCCUAGUACUAAACUCUUAAUAUUUAUAAAUAUCCUAUGAACAGUUGCUUUUUAAUUAAUAACCUACUAUAUAAGCACCUGAUUUAGUUUAGUUCUUAUUUAAGGAGUUCCAACACACGAUUUUUGUAAUAAAUAUUUUACAAAUAUGCUUCAUUUUAUAAAUAAAGGGAGGUAAUUAAGGAUAAGGAUAAUAAGGAUACAAAUAAAGAAAUUAUGAG